AUGGCAGAGUCGUUCGCCUUCCAGGCCGAGAUCACCCAGCUCCUCGACCUCAUCAUCAACACCUUCUACUCGAACAAGGAAAUCUUCCUCCGUGAAUUGAUCUCCAACUCGUCGGACGCGCUCGACAAGAUCCGCUAUGCCGCCCUCACCGACCCGACCCAGCUCGACUCGGAGAAGGAGCUCUUCAUCCGCAUCACUCCCGACAAGGCCAACAAGACGCUCACCAUCCGCGACUCGGGUAUCGGCAUGACCAAGGCCGACCUCGUCAACAAUCUCGGUACGAUCGCCAAAUCGGGCACCAAGGCCUUCAUGGAGGCUCUCUCGUCCGGCGCCGACAUCUCGAUGAUCGGACAGUUUGGUGUCGGUUUCUACUCGGCGUACCUCGUCGCCGACAAGGUCACCGUCAUCACCAAGCACAACGACGACGAGCAGUACGUCUGGGAGUCGUCGGCCGGCGGCACCUUCACCAUCACCCCCGACACGACCAACCCGUCCCUCGGCCGCGGUACCCAGAUGAUCCUCCACAUGAAGGAGGACCAGCUCGAGUACCUUGAGGAGAAGCGGAUCAAGGACAUUGUCAAGAAGCACAGCGAGUUCAUCUCGUACCCCAUCCAGCUCGUCACCACCAAGGAGGUCGAGAAGGAGGUCGAGGAGGAGGAGGAGGAGUCGGCCGACUCGGACAAGCCCAAGAUCGAGGAGGUCGACGACGAGGACAAGAAGGACAAGAAGAAGAAGACGGUCAAGGAGAACGUCACCGAGCAGGUCGAGCUCAACAAGACCAAGCCGUUGUGGACGCGCAACCCGCAGGACAUCACCGCGGAGGAGUACGGCGCGUUCUACAAGUCGCUCACGAACGACUGGGAGGACCACCUCGCGGUGAAGCACUUCUCGGUCGAGGGUCAGCUCGAGUUCAAGGCGAUCCUCUUCAUCCCGAAGCGCGCUCCCUUCGACCUCUUCGAGUCGAAGAAGAAGCGCAACAACAUCAAGCUCUACGUCCGCCGCGUCUUCAUCAUGGACGACUGUGAGGACCUCAUCCCCGAGUACCUCAACUUCAUCAAGGGUAUCGUCGACUCGGAAGACCUCCCCCUCAACAUCUCGCGUGAGACGCUCCAGCAGAACAAGAUUCUCAAGGUCAUCCGCAAGAACCUUGUCAAGAAGGCGCUCGAGAUGAUCCAGGACAUUGCCGAGGACAAGGACAACUUUGCCAAGUUCUACGAGGCGUUCGGCAAGAACAUCAAGCUCGGCAUCCACGAGGACUCGCAGAACCGCUCCAAGCUCGCCGAGUUCCUCCGCUUCCACUCGACCAAGUCGGGCGACGAGAUGACCUCGCUCAAGGACUACAUCACGCGCAUGCCGGAGCACCAGAAGAAUAUCUACUACCUCACCGGCGAGUCGCUCAACCAGGUCCGCGACUCUCCCUUCCUCGAGAUCUUCAAGAAGAAGGGCUUCGAGGUCCUCCUCAUGGUCGACCCGAUCGACGAGUACGCGACGACGCAGCUCAAGGAGUUUGAGGACAAGAAGCUGGUCUGCAUCUCGAAGGAGGGCCUCGAGCUCGAGGAGACGGACGAGGAGAAGAAGGCUCGCGAGGAUGAGGCCAAGCAGUUCGAGGACCUCACGCGCACGAUGAAGGAGGUCCUCGGCGACCGCGUCGAGAAGGUCACCAUCUCGAACCGCAUCGCCGACUCGCCCUGCAUCCUCGUCACCGGCCAGUUCGGCUGGUCCGCCAACAUGGAGCGCAUCAUGAAGGCUCAGGCUCUCCGCGACGCCUCGAUGUCGUCCUACAUGAUGAGCAAGAAGACGCUCGAGAUCAACCCGAACAACGCCAUCAUCCGCGAGCUCAAGAACAAGGUCCAGGCCGACUCUGCCGACAAGGCCGUGCGGGACCUGGUCGUGCUCCUGUACGAGACGGCCUUGCUCACGUCGGGCUUCACGCUCGACGAGCCGCACCACUUUGCCGAGCGCAUCCACGCCAUGAUCUCGCUCGGCUUGUCCAUCGACGCCGACGAGCCCGCCGCGGCUGCGCAGGAGGAGCAGGACGACCAGCCGCCCGCUCUCGAGGCCACCGGUGCGAGCAGCAUGGAAGAAGUCGACUAA